GCCAAGGUCAUCAGCGAUUUCAAGGCAAACUCGCACCAAAAAGUCAGCUGACCGCCAGAACACAGACGACAUUGAGGGUAGCCAUGUGUCACACCAAUGAUGUCCUUUCCAAUCUGAUUCCAAUUCAGAUUGGCAUUUGCACCCAGAACCGCCCACAAUGGCUGAUGAAAGAGGAGGAGAAGAAGUUGACUUGGUGUCGGACUUUCUUAAAAUUCCAUUUUCAAGGCAGACUUUUCCAGGAAAAAAAGAGCCACAGCGCCCGCUUUAGCGAGGCCAGGAGGGUGGCUAUCUUCGGAGGGACUCAUGGCAACGAGAUGUCCGGCGUGACGCUCGUUAACCUGUGGAUGAAGAACAGCGCCGAGAUCCAGAGGAAGACGGUGGAGACCAAGCCUUUCAUCACCAACCCGAGGGCUGUGGAGAAAUGCACCAGAUACGUGGACACCGACCUGAACCGAGCUUUCACCCCGGAGAACCUCAGUGCUGCAGGAGGCAAGGAGUUGCCUUACGAGGUGCAGAGAGCCCAGGAGAUCAACAGAAUAUUUGGACCCAAAGGAAGUCCAGAGGCCUACGAUGUCAUCUUUGACCUCCACAACACCACAUCCAACAUGGGCUGCACACUCAUUCUGGAGAACUCCAAAGACCACUUCAACCUGCAGAUGAUGAACUACAUCAAGAAAGCCAUCGCCCCCGCCAGUUGUCUUGUUCUGCUGAACGAGCAUCCGCUUCUGAAAUACUCCACUUCACGCUCCGUAGCCAAACAUCCUGUGGGCUUGGAGGUGGGUCCUCAGCCUCAAGGGGUUUUGAGGAGUAACAUUUUUGAAGCCAUGAGGGUCAUACUCAGACAUGCCCUGGACUUCAUCGCUUUGUUUAAUGAAGGCAUGGAGUUCCCUUCGUGUACGGUGGAAGUUUUCCGCGUUUCCGAGCGGGUUGACUACCCAAGGGACACCAACGGAAACAUCAUCGCCAUGGUGCACCCCAAUCUGCAGGACUGCGACUGGGAGCCGCUGAACCCCGGUGACCCGAUGUUCCAAACAUUUGAUGGGAAAAGCAUCUCCUACCAAGGCUCCGGCACCGUGUAUCCCACGUUUAUUAAUGAGGCGGCCUAUUAUGAGAAACAGCAGGCGUUUGUGACCACCAGACGGGAAACCCUGGUGGCAAACGCCAUCAGAAAAGCGUGAGAAGAGGAGAGUGUUUGUAUAUAUCUUUUUGCACUUUCCUUACGUAACGAUAGAUGCCAUCUUCUGCUCAGUGAUUUAUUGGAUUUUUCUGUUGUGCAUUUACUCACAGCAAUUAACUAUGCAAAGAGAGGGAAUCUUUGCUGCAUCGGAAGACCGACGCGACAUUGUGUUUAUUUAUGAUACUGUUAUUUAAAGAUCUCCUUUGAUUAAAUCACCCCUUUAUGAGAUUAAUCCUCCAUCUUAAUCAUUUACGACUAGAUUAGUUGCGUCUACGUGGUGAUUAGUCGCUGUGUGCGUUCCUUUUGAUGCUCAGGAAGCAAAUUGAGGAGCAUAACCUGCAACCUUUGACCCUAAGCUGUAGUGGUUUGUCUUCCACUUUAAAACAAAUCUAUUUGUAACAUCCUGGGAGGGUAUUUGUGGCCUUUGACACUACCUGCCUGUAACCCCGUGGUUGCAUCUGUGGUGCUCUCCUACUGUUGCCUUAAAAGAGACUUAAUUGCACUGCCAAAUUCAAGUGUAGACGUGUUGGAUAACAAUAUAUUUGAGUAAUAACACUGUUAUGUUCCUUUCCUCACUAAUAAUAUACGUGUCUAUUUUGAUAUUCUUGUACUGUAUGCGUGAUGUGUCAAGGCAGGUGUUUUCUUGAUGUCUUGUCUGUCAUAAAGGAUAUCCCUGUGG